AUGUGCAGUGUCGAACAGUUGCUCACUGGGAUUGUUGAGUCAAAACGACAUGAACCACGGACAGUUACGCAAGGGGUUGUGCUCGAAGCGGCGCGGUGGGGCGUAGCGGGUCCCACCUCGAUUUCAACCGCUGUCUCCACCGCACCGCUUCGAGUGCAGCCGCUUGUGCAACUGUCCGUGCUUCAUGUCGUUUUGACUCGACUAUAUGAAACAUAUGAGUGGGGUACGAAGCACCACUCACUCGAUGAUGGGACGAAGUACACUUUCAGACUAAUGAGCUCAAAAUCGGCACACUUGGAAAAGCUGUUGAGUCAGCUUUCGAAGGCCUCGUCUCGGAGGAAGUAA